GUCACAACUGAAGAUCAUCCACACUUGCCUAGGAAACAUGUUUCAGUCCAUCCAUGUCGACAUGGAGCUGUUAUGAGGAAAACAUUGAUGUACCUCUUCCUGUUCUUGAAGUUGAUGGCAUCAGUUAUUCCAACAAUCGAGUAUGAUUACGCAAUGGACUUUGAUCUCGGUAGCUCAAGCACCUAA